UGAACGAAAGCACCAGUGACUUUAAUCGAUCUAUCCGCUGACGUCCGUGUCUCAUCGUCAUCUCACAAAGGCAUACACGAACAAUCAUUUCACCACUCUACGCUCUCUAGUAAAAAAGCACAGACAGCAGAGGAUGUACCCACACGCACAGAGACUCACAUCCCCGCCCACGCAGGCAUCAAGACGCCACGCCACGUGAAAGCAGUAAACGUAACUAGGUCUGACUGCACAACACAAGAAACGAAUCGACAAAGGCACUCCAAUGGCUGCAUAAACACGGCACAGGGAGAGCACCCAUCCCUCAAAGCAUGCAUCAGACAGCAUUUGCCCUCAAUGCACUGCGCACACGCAUCACCAGGCACCACGUACGUCGCAUGUGUCCCAUCAACACCGUCAAGAAGGCCUGCGACACCAAAGGAGAGAUGGUUGCUGGCAUCCCUCUGUUGGCCGUCGCGAAUCGUCAUGACGAAGUGGAAGAGAAAAGAUGCGACUCAGGUCAAAACACAGUCGAUGCACCCCUCCCCCCAUUUCCCGCCUCAGCAGCUGACCAGAUAAAAUCACUGGAUGGAUUCGUGCCUCUUGGCCUUCGGCGUCUUGACGCCCUCUUGCUUCAGGUAGCGCUGCACCACUAUGUCCUUGCCGCCAUUCUUCGGACGCAGCCUGUAGACAACCAUACACACAAACCACAACACACAAGACAACACAGCCAUGUGCACACGCAUCGCACCCACUCAGCUGUCGUUCGUUCCUCGCCAGAUUGACUGACUGACCUGUAUUCGAUGUGGAGCAUGUUGCCGUAGGUCUUGUCGGCGAUUAUGCGCCUGGUCUCGAUCAUGCUGCCCAGCUUGUCGUGCUCGCGCACAUUCUGGAGGGCCAUGUGUGGUCGUUCAGAGCCGUCGAUGGGGUAGGGGCCCGCCUGGCAUUUGGCGGUCCAUACGCCGCAGUCGGGGUCAUCGCAGGGGAAGGUCUCGCCGUCGAGGCGCCACACCAUGAGCCGCUCGCUGACCACCGGCAGGUGGGCGAUGAUGUGCAGGAAGCGGGCGUCGUCCUUCUUGAAGUCGAUCGAGAUGGGGAACACCGCGCUGUUCAUGACCUUGCGCUUCAUCCACGCUAUCCCCAGCGCCUUGAAUAGCUCCUCGAACGGGUCCGAUCGCUUGAUGACCACCACCCAGCGGCCCACCAGCGCCUGAGCCAGACGCUGCAGAGUGGCCAGGUCGGUGACGGGCGGGGUGCGGGGGUCCACGACGGAUGCCACGGGUGAGGAGGUGGGGGAGGCGGACGUGACGGAGGCGCCCUGGGUCGUGCUCGAGGCCGUCUGGGCGGGCGAGAGAGCUGCACGAACGCAACACAGGGUGGUGAGGUGACCGGUGUCAUCGGCCUUCUCUCUCCUCACCAUCGUUGGAGAUGGUGCGAUGGAGGCGAUUGAUGGGGGAGGUAGCACGGACGACCACACCGCCGCCUGAAAGACGCACACGGAACAAGCCCUGUGUCGGUGUGUGCCAGUAUGUGGUGCCGACAUGUAAUCUCUCUCACUCACCCUCGUUGCUGUUUUGUCGGAGCUCUUCCAGCGUCCGCGAGAGCUCCUUCCUGAGCUCGGGCACAUCCUUGGCCACCUCCUCGAGCAGGCAGACCGGAAUAUCACACGGUGCCAUCUCUGUAAACGUUGGGAGAUAUCAAGACCGAUGCGAAACGAUGAAAAAAGGCAGUAGAGAACUGUUUGGCCUUCCCCGUCGUUUGCUUGUGUUGAAGACACAGACGCCGAUGUCUAGGGUCUAGGGUUUAGGGUUGAGAGAAGC